UGCCGAACCCACGAGUUUUACACUAGAGUGGUAAGGUAAGAGAAGAAUAUCGAGGACACUACACUACGAGUCCACGCAGUACAGCUCUAGCGACAUCUUAAUAAAUACAUUGUUUAAAAGGAAACCAUGGCGAAACUUGUGCUCUUGUUCGUGUGUGUGGCAGUUUUCCAACUAGCCAACGCCUUACAAUGUUACCAAUGCGAAAGAGAAGGGUGCGAAAAGGAAAUGAAAGACUGGCAAAAAUCGCAGUGUGGGAAGCUUGCAGAUACUAAACUUACUAAUGUCUGUCUGAAGCAAGUAUACAAAGAUAAGACCACCCAGAAGGAGAUGUUCUCCAGGAAGUGCGUCUCGAUGGAAAAAGAUAUGAAAUACAAGUGCGACAAUGCAAAUGGAGAGCAAGUUGUCUGCGAGACGUGCGACUCGGAUCUUUGUAACUCCGCUACCAAGAUCAAUUUUAGCCUAGUGGCCGUUUCCGGCAUCUUCUUGGCCUUGCUCAUGCCCAAGUUCUUGGCCUAAGUGAUGGAAAAAUGUCUAAAUUCGAAAUAAGAAACGCAAUUGGCAACAUCGGAUUCUUAUAUAUUUAAUACGGUUUAAAGAAUAUGUUACAUGGAAAUAAAUAGCCAUAUUUAUCGUCUUGUACCAGUUUGUAUCAAUUGCUGCGGUACAGAACCUCUGAUAAAAUGGUGAUAAUUAUCGUUUUUGUUCGGUUUCCAAUAGUUACUGGUACAAGACGAUAAAUAUCACUAUUUAUUUCCAUAUAACAUAUUCUUUAAACAAUACUAGAUAUCUAAGCGCAAAAUAUUGAUAGUCAUUUUUUCCAGUUGUAAUUCUUAAACCAGUACUAAAUCUAGUGAACUUUUAGCUGUAAGGGAAAUUUAUUAGUUUACCAAAUUGAUAAAGAGUGGCAACAAAAUUAUUAGUAGCCACUAGAUAGUAUUUAGUGAUUGUAAGAAUUUAGUUUCGCUUGGAAAAAUUGGUGUAAAAUCGGUGUACUCACGUUUUUGUAAUACAAUAUAUAGAAGUGUCGUGAUGAUGUAUAUUUGUACGUUACCUAAUAAUUAGUAUCGAGUUUAUUUUUUACGUUAAAUACUUGGAGGUUUUCAAAGUGUAAAGUGUAUUUUCAUUUGUUUCAAUAUAGGUAUAUGUAAUGUUAACAAGU